CACAUGGAAUCACAUUUAGAAUUCAAAUCAGUGUGAAAGAACUGCUGGAUACAGAUGUACUUUUAAAGCUGUUAUUUCAUUUACCAGUCAAUUACCCAUCAACUCUACCAGAUAUUUCUGUUAACUCAGACCAGCUUACAAGGGCCCAGUGUAAGGACGUGAAAGAUAAAUUACUUGAACAAGCAAAGAAGCAUCUUUCUGAACCCAUGGUACAUGAUCUGAUUCUUUGGAUACGGCAGCAUCUGAAAUAUGUCAUUAAGCAAUCAGCAACAGUUUGCAAUGAAAGAACCACUUUGUCAAAGGGAACAAGUACAGAGGACGGUAUCUGGAUGCUCCUUUUGCAUUUAGAUCAUAUGAGAGCAAAGGCAAAAUACGUCAAAACUGUGGAAAAAUGGGCUUCAGACCUAAGGCUGACUGGAAGACUGAUGUUCAUGGGCAAGAUAAUAUUGAUUCUUCUUCAGGGCGACAGGAGCAACAUUAAGGAGUACUUGAUUCUUCAGAAAACUUCUAAGGUAGAUGUGGACUCAAGUGGGAAAAAAUGCAGAGAGAAAAUGAUUAGUGUACUCUGUGAGACAAAAGUACAGUCACAGUAUAAAAGGUUUCAGAUGUUUGAAGUUAAAGAGUAUUCAACACUGGAUGAACUACAAAAGGAAUUUGAUGCUGCAGGACUUACGACUCUUUUCUCAGAGUUUGUGCCUCCUCUCUUAAAAUAAAAUUAAAAGAAAACGCUGGACUCUUCAACCAAAGCAGUAGUUGACUGCAGGUGCUGAUGGAAGAUUAAAGGACUAAUUUGGCAAAAAAUGUU